AUGCAUAUUGAAGCUCUGGUGAUACCAUUUAUCACUUCUCAGACACCUGCGAUGAAGGUGGACAUGCGCCAGUGGUCCCACUUAAAGGAACUGGACUUGGCGGAUAUUUGGUUUGGUACUCCAGGAACUAUUGACGUUCUUAUUGGUGCGGAUGUGUGGGGACAAGUAGUGGAGGGUGACAUUAUCGGCGGACGACCUGAUGAACCCUUCGCCCAGCGUACCCGCUUUGGCUGGGUAGUAUUUGGCCCAGAAACUGUUUUUUCUACAUCGAAUGGGUCAUCAUCGCUCGCACUCAGCGCGUUGCUAGGUGAGGAUGAAGUGCGGUUGGAAGCACUGGUUCGGAAUCUUUGGAGAAUAGAUGGCGAUUCAAUUGAUUAUGAAUCUCAUGAUGAAGAGUGUGGUCACAUCUUUGACUCCACACAUCGUCGUACCCUGGACGGGCGCUACGUCGUGCAUCUACCACUGCGGCGGGACGCGCCGGUACUAGGCGACUCUUAUUCACUUGCGUUGCGGCAGUUCACUCGACUGGAACGCCGCCUGCUUGCUGACCCUACACUACAGGAAAACUAUGUGAAGUUUAUGCGUGAGUAUGCUGCGCUGGGGCAUAUGGAGCCUGUGCAAGCACCAUAUUCUCAUGACGGGUGCUACUACAUCCCUCAUCAUGCGGUUGUUGGAAAGUUUCGAGUCGUGUUCAACGCGUCAGCGCCAACGAGUACUGGCGUUUCCCUCAACGACAUUCAGCUGGUGGGCCCGACCAUUCAGGACUCACUUGUAAACAUACUGUUACGAUUUCGCAGAUACCCAGUGGCGAUUACCGCUGACAUUGAGAAGAUGUUUCGGCAGGUGCUGGUUACCUCCGAACAUCAGGAUCUCCAGAGGAUCAUAUGGCGAGAGUCACCGGCAGACAAUAUCGGUGUUUAUCGUUUGAAGACAGUCACUUAUGGGAUGGCGAGCAGCCCUUACAACGCCGUACGUGCCCUUCAACAGUGUGCGGUCGAUAACUGCAGUGUAAUUCGAGACGAGGAUCAGGCGGCUCUUGCUCGAGAUGCAAUCUUGACUUCGUUCUAUGUUGAUGACUUUUUGACAAGCUGUGCGAAUACCAGUGAAGGAAUAGAACUGGCAAGGAGUGUAGAUGCUAUUCUAUCUGCGGGAAAGUAUAGGCUGAGCAAAUGGAACUCAAACGAUAAUCAGGUAACGAUGUGUUUGUCGAGUAACGCCUCUAUUUCCAGUUAUACAUUCAACUCCGGCGAGACUUCGGUCCUGGGCCUUAAAUGGGAUUCGGUGACUGAUGAGUUGUUCUAUCGCGUUGAGGUUGAGCCGACCAUAGAUGUUCCUACCAAGAGAAGCGUGCUCAGGGAAGUCGCUCGACUCUUCGAUCCUACUGGUUUGCUGUCCCCCGNGUAG